AUGUCAUUAAAAGCAUAUGAAGACGCUUGUAUUAGGGCAGAAUUAUUUGGACAACCUUUACCAAACAAGGAAGAAUUUUUGGAAAAACAUAAAUAUUUGGAUGUUGUAGAGUUUGAGGAAGUGGACAUUAGAACAGCUGAGAACACAGCGAUGUUGAACGACGAUUUGAGAGAAGCUGGCAGUGGCUUAGCUGAAUUAAACACAAUUUUAUCAUCUACGCAAACAAAGCUCAACAGAUUGAAGGGAGUAUGCGGUAGUCUGACGAACUUUUUUCGAGUUAAGCUCGCGUCCAAGGACAACCUGUCGUACUCGAGCGAGCCCAGUUACGUUGGUCAAACGAAUUACGACAAAGAUUAUGUUCCGCCCAAGCACUCGGAAACGGGCACCGUCAACUCGGGUCUUGGGCCAAACGACGGCGAGUUCGCUGAACACAAGACCAGAGUGAAACGGAACGGCGGCGACAUAAACUCCGCUAUAGAAGACUUAAAAGCAUUAGAGCGAAACGAGAAAACGCCCAUUUUGAAGAUCGAUAAGCAGGUGACAUCUCAAAAUAGCAAGUUAGAUAAUCUGAUAAUGCAAGCGGAGAGGGCGCAGUCGUCGCUGCAGCAUCAGAACAAACAAAUGAGAAGUUUUCUACGU